GUUUCUGUCUGAACUACCUGAAAACGAAUUAAAGGUCAUUAAAUUUUAUCUGGGAUAAUAACCAGGGCGCUCGAGCCUUAAAGUUUCGACUAAACGAAGUAUCAAUUUCAAUGUAUCAAUUUCGGCGCAACAUUUUAAAAUAUGUCAAUAUGGCCGCCAAUCAUGGCUGCCGAAUACUAAACACUCAAAAAAGCGUGUUGAAAGCACUGAACUGUUGAAAGUGACUAAUAUUGCUUCGCUUCAAAGAAAAGCUGUAAAGAAAACAGAUAUAUCUCUUUCUGGUGAGUGGAAUUAUUUGGAAUUUUAUGUGUAGAAAUGUGAAAUUUUUGCUGUCUUGUUGCAUUCAAUCAGUCAUGAUUGCAUGUCCUUUUAAUUAAUAUAAACCGUCAAGGUUUAAUUAUUUCUGGAAGAAAGUGCUUGAAACUAGCAGCCAUUGUUCUUAGUUCUAUAUAUUCUAUUCAGCUCAGGAUUAAUAAUUUAUUAUUAGUGGACAUUAUUGAGUCGUUGCACUUGUUUAAUUUAUGCGCCACACGGUCAGACGGAUUUAAGACUUUAUGUUUUUUGGACUGAAUUUAUUUUAAUAACAAUUAUGAAAAAUACAAAAGCAAUUAUUUGCCUCAGGCUCAGUGAUUAAUCGGGGAAUAUUCACCUCAAUUUCGUCUCAGUGAAUAUUCCCCGAUAAUCACCUCACCUCCGGUGAAUAAUAUUUGUUAAAUUUCAUCCCAUCAUAUUACUGAGUGAACAAUAUCACAAUCUCACACAACACUUGCGGAACUAGUAUUGUUCAAUGCUGAAAUGAUAUAAAUGAGUAUGUUUUAUGACAUUCAGUAUAUAAAUCAUAUAUAAUUUCCAGUUCUCAAUCGGGCCUGACCAUGUACAGCUCAGUUGGUAGAGCGUCAAGCUAGCAUUUCAAAGGUCACGGUUCGAAAUCCAACCGUGGCAGACAGAAUUUUCUGCUUGUGCGGUUUGUAACAAAUUGUCGAGUUUGUAGACAAGUUACUUACAACAUUUUUCCAAUUCUGCCUUGGUUAAUGUUUUCAUCGGUGCGCCUCGUAAUUUCUGCGGCUCGUAACAAGACACUUCAAUCACAGGGUGCCUAGAUAACCAUCGCUUAAAAUACAUAGCAUGACAAUCGCAGAACAACGAAUUUCCAGAGAUGUUUUGAUACUUCUCUUGACCUCUGAGUGAUGUAGGAACAUCCCAAGCUCUACGGGUGAAAAUAAGUAUAUAAGUAUCUUUCUUUCUGUAAGCUUGCGGUUAGAGCUCGACAACUGGCAGAGGUAGCUCAGAGUGCUGCACCAUUAGUGGUGUCAAGUAACGAAGAAAAUGUACUUUGCUGUACUUGAGUACUAUUUUUGACAAGUCGGCAUGUAACAAAGUAAAUUUUUUCUGGAGUACUUUUACUUGGAACAAAGUCGUUUUAAUAAGUAGCAUUUUACUUCGUUAUUUUCAUUUUGUGGCGAAGUAUUUUGUUACUUUCUAACUUUUGUUUAAUUUUACACAAUUUACUCCGGAUUUAUUUUAAUUUUGGGAUAGGUAAUAGGACCUCUACAUGCAUCUGGGAUCUCUUGUUUGUGACUUACUUAUAAGCAUCAUUUAUUUAAUGGAUUUCUUAUAUCUUCAACGGGGUCUGGAAAGUAGACCAUGCCAUGAAAUAUUGUAUAUUAGGUGCGCGCAUAUAAUGCGUGUUGUUUUCUGUCUUUUGUAAUUGUCAAUCCAUGGCGUUGGAGAAGUCUCCCCCCCCCUACAUGCUGCAGACAAUAGUACUUUUACUUUUUACUUCAAGUAUUUUAAGGAUACUUUGUGAUUUUCACUUAAGUAGUAAGUACGUUUUGCCUGCAGUACUUUUUACUCUUACUCAAGUCGUUUUAUUGUUAAUUACUUCUACUCGGCAGCCGGAGAGCCAACAGUUCCAUUUGUCGCAACUACUUCUGGGUAGGUCUUAUAAAUGUAUAAAAAAUUCACGCUCAAAAUCUUCAGCAAGAAACCCAUCCACUAUAAUAUAAAUGCACUUUACUUACAUGUAACGUAACAAAGCAUUCUCAAUAAAGGCGUUGUUUGCCACAUAUGAAAUUUGAUUAAAAUACAAAUAUCUAGAAAAAUAUGAGAAUUAAAGCAUCUCUUAACUUCUAUUGAUAUGUUAUAAAUACUCGUACAAAGGUGUGCAAAUAAACAAAGACAUACAAAUCCAGUAACGAGUUGAGUCCUGCCAAAGUUCCCUUGGAAAUUCUAGUCAGUUUGUUAGAAUCCAAAUAUCUAAAAGACAUUUUUUGUUAAUUUAACACUGACCAAUAAAAAAGCAAAGUAAAUGAAUGAAUGAACGAAUUAAUUAAUGAAUGAAGAAUUUUAUUUAACACGCUAGUUAGUUACAAAAAAUGAGGUGUUUAAGUGUCAAAAUAGGAAUAUAAUGUAAGAAUAGUCUAUUUACAGGGUUAAUAUUAAUAGACAGUUCCCAUUAUGGACUAAUUUUAAAACUAGGCAAGGAGAUGCAAAUAAAUCACUACAUGCAGCUAGAAAGAGCAUACUAGAAUGAGUAAAAUUGCAACAUUUGGUUGCAAAAUGUUGUAAAAUGAGGAAAAUAUAGCCUUGCAAAGUUUGCAAAUUUUGUAUACUUUUGUAUUGCGUGCGGAAAUUUGGGCCGAAAAGUUAAAGGGUGUGGCCAUUAGAGAACAAAAUUGGGUCGUGCCGUACUUACAAUGUUGUUAACCGUCUAAGUUCUUGGAAAGCAUUAUCUUCAAUCUCUGAGAUCAUGUUGAAUCCUAGAUGCCUGUUUGUGAUACAAAUGACCAAAUUUAUCAUCUGGAGUAUAAAACCAUUUUUCACUGAGAACAUGCAUUUAGCUUGGCUACCAUAUUCAGGGGUGGAAAAAAUAGGCGAGCACGCGAGCACUGCUCGCAGGAAAUGUUAAACAGCUGCAGGAAAUUCGUUUGAAUGAAGAUUUGCUAUCGAAAAUUUGAAGGAAACCUUAACACCCAUGUCCCACUAUGGGGGCAACAACAUACGGUUGACAGACAUUGUUCCUUGAAUUUAAAACCAUGGUCAGCUUGAACAUUAUAUGUUUAUGCACAUGCAGAUUUAGCACAAAAAUACUCCGUUGGUUUACAGGAAAUUUUUGUCUUCAGGUUGUGCUCCCAGGAAGAAAAUUAUUUUUUCCUGCAAUGACCAUAUUAUCCUAGGUUAACUGUCACAAUAAAUAUAUGAUGAUGGUGAUAUUGUGUUUUAAUAUAUAUACAGUAUAUGUUGGAACUUGGAAUUAUCAAAUAUAUUCUUAGCUUACAAGUCGACCAGAUUUUCUAAACCAAGAAACGCGUCCUUCAAUACGAUACUUAUUUUGUUGUGGUAAAGAUACCUGUUAGAAAAUAUAAAACAGAAAAAAACCCAACUAAAAUUGAAUAACAUAAAACAAAUGCCUAGUGCCCAAAACGUGCUUGGUGACGCAAGAAUAUUUACGGCGGUAUACUGCAGUAGUUAGAUAAAUAAAUAAAGUGUAACUUACAAUGUCCGUAAUUGCCUUAAAUCUACAAAGCUUUUUGAGUCAAUGUGCUCAAUUUCGUUAACCUGGAGUUGCCUGUAAAAAUCAUUAUAAUUAUCUGUAGAAUAUGUCAGUGACAGUAGAAAACAAAUAUUGCUAUCUUGUUGUCGAUUUCAAGUCACUUUCCAACGUGCGGUUCCCAGGGCCAGGUCAAGUUCGUUUAAAAUUUGCCAAUACAUUUCCAAGUUCAAAAAUUGGGCGUGAACUUUGCAAGUACAUUUCAAUGUUUGGACUAUUGCAAAAAUGUUCAUAGUUCAAGUUGAAAUUAACAAUUCAAUGGAAACUUCUCGGUCCAGGGGGCUACCAAGAAGGUUUGUAUUUUAUUGAAAUGGUUCUUACUAUUGAGUAUGAAGUUAUGAACAUUUGUUUACAAACGAAGUUCAAACAUUGAAAUGUACUUGCGAACUUUGUUGCGAAGUUCGCGCCCAAUUUCCGAACCAUGGAACCGUAAUUGGAAAGUUCGCAACGAACUUGGAACCGCGCGUUGAAAAGUGACUUGAAAUCAACAAUAAUAAGCAACUAUAGUAUGAUUUUUUUAAUCUGAAUAGUCUUCAGCCAAUGAACUUACUCUACACGUAAAACUCUCACAUCUUGUGACAAGUCUGCCAACAAGCCAGUGUUCGCAAUGCUUGUCCCAAGUUUGGAACAAGCUGUUAACAACUUGUAACAACCUUGCUGAUAUUAUCAAACUUUUUGCAAGGUUGUUCCAACAGGUCCGAUACAGUCUUGAUAUAACAAUAUUGUUACAACCUUGUGUCGUCAACCUUGUAACAUUCUUGUUAUAUCAUGACUGUAUCAGACUUGUUAGAACAACCUUGUAACAAGUCUGAUAAUGUCAUCAAGCUUGUUAAAAGUUGUUAACAGCUUGUUCCAAACUUGUUACAACAACUGGGAACAAGCAGUGCGAACACAACUUGUCGACAGCUUGUGAACAGAUUUGUAACAACUUGUUUGCAGACUUUAACGUAUUCACUGUUUCGCCGCAAAGUUUGAAACUGAAAGUGAUCACAAAACUGCCCAAAUACUUACAAAAUUCGCACUGACUUGAGACCAGCAAACGUUCCUCUAGUAAUAAGCUUUAACUUAUUGUGACGAGCAGAUCUAAAGUAGUACACAAACCAGUUUAAACCACAUCUCUGUAGAGUUACAGUACACGCGCCCGUUGCGUAAUGAAGGAAGAGGAAGCCCUUAGGCAUAUUUGGUGAGGGGGCCCCUGUUGACUGUUGUCAUUGUUUGACUGGGAUAUAUUGUAUUUGUAUUGAAUAUUUAUAGAAUGUUCUGGAAAAUUCCAUGUCUAUAAAAAUAACGGUCUCCAAUACAUGUAACGACUUAUAAGAAUAACGUUUGUUUUAUUUGAGAUGGAAUAAAAGAAUCAGCUACCGUUGUCGAUGGAGGUUUUAUUAUUUAGCAUUAUCAAUUUUGCAUUUUCCUAUUUCUAAUUUUCUGGGAGACAGGCCGUGGCUGAUGGGGUCCCCUAACUGGGGGCCCUUAGUUUUUGAACUAACCCUACCCAAUGAGUUUACGCCAUUGUAAACGCCAGUAUACGAAGCAUUUAGAGUUACGCACCAAUACCAAGCAUGUGACUCACAUGAAAUUCAGCUCCUGCAGACGGAAGAAUGAUCCUGGAUCUAUUCUCUUGAUGGCGUUAUUGUAAAUGUGACUAAAAAAAUACAAAACACCAAAAGAUAAUAUUAAAUACGUGCGCUUUAACAGGAUACGAUGAAACAGGAUGCGCACGUAAAAUUUCACAACUUGUCAACAACUUACAGUUUUUGCAGCGAUAUUAAAUCUGCGAACAUUCUUGAUGUGACUCUUUCCAAUUUGUUGUGAUCCAAGAAUCUUCAAUGGAAACGUAAAAAAUAAAAAAUUAGUUCAGAAUACCAGAACUGAACCGAUAAUUUACUCUAGCUCAGAACUGAUAAAACGUCGAAGUUUACCAUACACUGAAUAAAAAUUGAUAGCUUUCAGUAAUUAUUAAAGUGCGACUAACCACAAAUAUGAUUUUUUGUAUGUGUAAUAUUUUGGGUCAUUCGAAGACGAAAUGUAAUAUAUCUUUAUAAUAAAAAUCCCAUCUUGAUCAACUUUUUCACUGUCAAAGUUUCCGGAUAUGAUGUCAUUAGGUGAAUUGCAAAUUAGUUUUCCUUUGUUUUUUUUUGUACCAAAAAUUCACCUAAUGACAUCAUAUCUGGAACUGUGACAGUGAAAAAAUUGAACAGGAUGAGGUUUUUCACAAUAAAGAUACAUUACAUUUCUUCUUAGAAUGACCCAAAAAUUACACAUACCAAAAAUUAUAUUUGGGGUUAGUCACAUUUUAAUGUCACAGGAUAGCCUGAGAUGGCAGCCCACUUCGGAAUUGUUCACGAACGCCGCCUGCAACAAUGUUAAACAGCUGCAGGGAUUUUGUUAGGUUGAAGCUUUGCAACUUCAAAAUUUGAAGGAAACCUUAACACGCGCGUUCUACCUUGGGCGCAACAACUUAUGGUUGACAGACAUUAUGUUCAAUCACAGAUCUCCAUAUCUAUAUUCUAUACUGUAUCGGCAAACUUACAACUCUUUAAGACUUGACAAUCCCCUGAAUGCUUCAUUUUCUAUCUCGCUUAUUCGGUUGAAACCAAUUAUCCUAGAUAUAGAAAUAGCCAACGGUAACACUACACGCAUAACUUGAAAAAUAAAUCCUGAUAUAAGUUUUACAAUUUUACAAAACUUACAGAGUUUGUAGUGAUUUCAAGCCCUUAAACAUGCCAUUUGUCAAUCUUGUUAAAUUGUUGCGAAAAAGGAACCUAUAUAAGAAAAAUCCUGCGUUACCUUCGUUCCAUUUUAUGCUUAAUUGAGGCUGGCUCAUACUAUCAAAGUUUCUGUGAUCACAGUAAUAAUUAUCUACAAGUAAAAUUCUACGAUUUGAAGGAUUUGUAAGAAAUGUUUGAAACUGACUAAGUGUUAAACAAGCAUAUAUAAUUUAAAUGUUUGGUUACAUUUGUUUAAUUCUAUGUUUACAUUAUCAGAACAGCGGUAAAAAUUAAAUGCUUGGUUUGCUUUUCUACCAUUCUACUGUAUGUUUACAUUAUCAGAACAGUGUUUUAUAGCUGGUAAAGCACGACUACAAGUGUUUUAAAUGGUUUAAAAAACGACCCUUCUUAUGACUUCAUUGACGAAGUAAUUUUAAAAAUAAACAUUGUCUAAAAGAGAAAAUCAAAGCUAAAGUUUAUGUAAAGGAACAUGAUUUUUUUAUCACAUAUAAAACCACCGAUACGGUACUGAUUUCCUUUCUCUCAUUAAUUAUUAAUAAGUUUUUUAAGUAAAGCUAUAAACUCACAACGACUCCAGUUUGCCCAAUGGUGCAAAUGUCCCUGGUUCAAUGUCUUCAAUGUCAUUGUCUCGAAGAGAUCUGCAAUAAAGACGCAAUGUCGUAGUAGGAUGGUUGUUACAAACACAGCUAAGCUUUAUAAACAUAUACUUACAGAAAUUCUAGGGAAGAAAGACCAACAAAUGAUUGUUUGUUGAGACUUCGGAUUUGAUUUUGGUAAAGAUAUCUGUAAAAGGUGAAAUUUUAUACAUUAAGAGAAGGCGUUGUUGUCACACGAAUAAUUCGAGCAUUGCAUGAUCAGGACAACUGAGCCUCAAGCGUAACGUAAAAACGAACAAGUUGUUACAGGUUUGCAAACAAGUUGUUACAAAUCUGUUGUCCAAGUCCCAGUUGUUGUAACAAGUUCGGAACAAGCUGUUAACAACUUGUAACAAGUUUGAUGGCAUUAUCAGACUUACGAGGUUGUUCUAACAAGUCCAAUACAGUCAUGAUAAAACAAGAAUGUUACUUGGUUAUAGCGAUAUUAUUACAUCAUGACUGUAUCGGACUUGUUGGAACAACUUUGGAACAAAUCUGAUAAUUGAUACAAGUUGUUCACAGCUUGUUCCAAACUUGUUGUUGAUACAAGUUGUAUCAACAACAAGUUUGGAACAAGCUGUUGUUGACAUAAGUUGAUACAAGUUGUUAAUAGCUUGUUCCAAACUUGUUGACAACUUGGGACAAGCAGUGCGAACACAACUUGUUGACGGCUUCUUGGCAGACUUGUUACAAGAUGUGAGAUUUUUGCCUGUGUAUAUAGUGUCCACCGCUGAGAGCUGUUACUAAGAGACGGACUUUCACGUGUCCAAUGUUAAAUAUUGUACAUAUGGUACCACUUCAUGUUUUCUAAGCAACUGUGCAUGCAUGAACUAAAGGGACGGCUCGAUAAAACAAGAAGACGUACAUUCUUGUCACUGAGGAAAGAUCUUUAAAUGUUCCAUUGUUGAUUUGUGUUAUGUCGUUAUCAAACAAUGAUCUGUAAAGCAAAAGUAUUGAGUUUUUAUGUUUAAGCAAUAGUGUUAGUUGUUCAUUGUAACAUAUGUUUAAUACACUAACUUUAUAUAUGCUGAAUAUAGCUCUAUCUGUUCCGAAUUGUUCUCCCUAUAGAGGUCCAGUAAGAGUCAUCUCUUAUUAAUCCAUUGUUAGUACAGGAGGAAACCUAAACUAAACUAAGGAGUAAGGCCUGUAUCAAACGUCACGCUUGUCAUGUGCCAAACGCAUUAAUUUAGCAAUAAAUGACGAGGUGAAAUGCCUCAUUAUCUAUUGUUUGUAAUGCAUUCUGCACAUGAGAAGAGCGACGUUUGAAACUGGCCUAACUUUAGUUUUCUGGAUAGCUCUAUCAGUUCUAUACUCUUCUCCGUAGAGGUCCAGUAAGGAUCAUCUCUUAUUCAUCCAGUGUUAUUACAGGAGGAUAACUAAACUAUACUUCAUUUAUACUGGAUAGCUUUAUCAGUUAAAAACUGUUCUCCCUAGAGGUCCAGUAAGGAUCAUCUCUUAUGAUCCAGUGUUACUACAGGAGGAUACCGGAACACCGCACAGAGUUUAGUAUAGUCAGACUGGAAGAAUUCUCGUCAAAUGCAUCUGAUGCAAAGACUGCUUGAUUGUAUAUUACCGCAUGCACUGACCACCCCAUAAAUUGUUUGCCAUACUUACAAAAUCUUUAAAGAUUUUAACCCUUGAAAUGCUUCCCAGUGCACUCGUCUGAUACGGUUCCUAUACAAAUAUCUUAAAAGAAAAAUGUGUUCACCUUGAUAAUAAGCUAAGACCAAUCGGAUAAAAGACUGCGUUUAUUCAAACGACAAACAGAAAAACCCAGUUUGAAUUCAUUCAAGUUUUUAAAGAAAGUAGUAUAUCUCACAUAUUUUGAAUCUUCUUGGUGCGACUGAAACUUCUUGGCAAAAUCUGCAACAACUGGUUAUCUGACAUCACUCUAAAUAGAAUACAUAUUAAAUGUGAAACAGAUAUCUGAAACGUGGAUGGUGGUCCAGUGUAGGUAGUAUUCUACAAUAAGCUGUCGUAGAUUGUGUCUAAACUGCCUGAAAAAGAUAUCUUAAACGUAGUCAUCCAGUGUAGGUAGUAUUCUACAAUAAGCUGCCGUGGUUUGUGUCUGAACUUCCUGAAAAAGAUAUCUCAAACGUGGAGAUCCAGUGUAGGUAGUAUUCUACAAUAAGCUGUCGUAGUUUGUGCCUGAACUACCUGAAAAAGAGAUCUCAAACGUGGUGGUCCAGUGUAGGUAGUAUUCUACAAUAAGCUUCCGCGUGGUUUGUGUCUGAACUACCUGAAAAGGUUUCGUAGCCCUUUGUGUUUUUAACGUUUUUCAGUUGCUCAGAAACAAAUCACAUGCAACGGCAAAUAUACAAUGUCUAUUUAGGGAGCACGCCUACGAAAUAGAAUUUAGAGAUAAUAUCGUUAUCGCAUGCCACAUGCGUCUUAUGAAAAGCGAAGGGAUUACAUUCCAGAUUAUGGAAAUUAAUUAAAUUUCACGUGGGGGGUUAACAAGCAUUUGUCGUUAGCCUUUCACUUUAAACAAACUUCCCGUGACCGUAUUUUCAUUUGGAUAUUUUGUUGUUGUUUCAAUGUUUUAUACGAGGUCUCGAAAUCGGGCCUGCCAAUGGUCAGAAGCAGUUAUAGGUCAUAUUCAAAUUUCAAUGAGAGGCGAAAAUAAUUUUAAACUGCUGACGGGGAAAAAUUGCAGCCGGGAAAUUCUACAAAGUGCUUGUUUUACACUAGUUUUUUGACAGUCAACGUGGUUUGAAACAAAGAGAAUAAAAUCCCCUAAAUACAUAAUCCGCAAAUAAUUCGCACUAUAUAGAGUUUUUGCUACGCCAAUUGAAUAAUAAUUAUUUUGUAUUAGAAAAUAUUGAUCUUUCAGCGUGCGCUGGUAGUUCGUCAUUUGAUUCUGUUUUGCAAGCCUGAGACUGUAUGUUCAUAUCUCUCGUUAAAAAUAUACCAUUAGACAACGCUAGCUUUGUGCGUGUAUGAAAAGGCGCCAUAGCACAUAAUAGACAAAAGACGCUAAUUCCAUCUUAUCGAUUUGCAUUAUAAACACUAAACUAUAUAAAUAUUCUAAUAAAUAUUGACACAAUACACCACUAAUAAUUAUAUAAGCCUCGUCAAAACCAGCGCAUGUAACAUGAGUCGACGGUGCUCGAGUAUUUACAUUGACUGCGCGCUCGAAUACACAACAUAUAUUGAAACUCACAGUGUUACAGUGUUCUUUGGUAAAGUCGGCAGAUCUGUUAAUUGCUUGUUACCGCAGUCGACGUCCAAGCCUUUCCUCCCAGUUGCUUUAAAACAUCGACAGCUUCGAGGACAUUUCUUCAACUUCUGUUUCGUCUGCGCACUGACGCACGACAGCACAAAAGCGCUCAAAACCAGCAGUGGUAAGAUUUUGAACAUGGCCGAAGUCUUGUUUGUAUAUUUGUGUUGCGUUUACAGUAUUUCUUGGUUUGUUUAAUUGUUGACUUAUUUGUUGUGUUUGGCCAACAUUAGGUGAAGCCUUCUCACUUCUAGACGUCUCGCUCAACGGGGAUCUAGCUUUAAAUACACAUUCAAUAAUAUCCGCAGGUUGACAUAUGAUAUAGGAAGCAAUGGAUUGAUUUUAUUCGUGAUAAUACUUUCGAUAUAAAUAGCGAUCAGUUGAUCAGUUCUAAACUGUUCUUUCCCGAGGUUCUUCCUAGAGGUUUUAGCGGCCUUCAGCGUUACUACUGGAGAAAACCUAAACUAAACUAAUUUCAUUUAUACUGGAUAGCUCCAUGACUCCAUCAGUUCUUAAUUCUAAACUGUUCUUCCUGGAGGUCCAAUAAGGAUCAUCAGUUACCACAGGAGGAAACCUAAACUAAACUAACUUUAUUUAUAGUGGAUAGCUCUAUCAGUUCUAAACUGUUCUUCUUGGAGGUCCAGUAAGGAUCAUCUCUUAUUGAUACAGUGUUACUACAGGAGAAAACCUGAACUAACUUUAUUUAUACUGGAUAGCUCUAUCAGUUCUAAACUGUUCUUCCUAGAGGUCCAGUAAGGAUCAUCUCUUAUUGAUCCAGUGUUACUACAGGUGGAAACCUAAACUAAACUAACUUUAUUUAUACUAGAUAGCUCCAUAAUUAUUAAAAAAAGCAUUCUUCCAUUAAACAUUUUUCUUUCUUUUCUAACAGGCUGACAUCUCCAAGUCUACAUUUUCCAUGAUGCCUGCUAUGUGGUCAAGCGAAACCUGGUUUUGGCCAGUCAUUACAGUCGUAGUUAUAUUCGCUGCAAUAAAACUGGCCAAGCCAAUCGUGCAUACAAUCACCCAGCCGUUCUUUGCCUUCAGCAUGUAUUUCUUUGCAAAGCUUCACAACCGAAUGUUGGGGUCGAAGAAAACAGAACUUUUUGAAACGAUGGAAAAACUUUUGGAAAAAGUGGAAGGUGAUGUGCUCGAGAUUGGAGCGGGGACUGGGGCGAAUUUUGCCUUCUACCCGCGCGACUGUUCCGUGCUUGCCCUGGACCCUAAUCGUCAUAUGAAUUACUACCUCGUUCACACCAAGAAGUACUACCCUCAUGUCAGUCUAAAGGAGUACAUCGUGGGCGUGGCUGAAGAUAUGAAAAAGAUACAAGAUCAAUCUGUGUCAGCGGUCGUCUCUACGUUGGUGUUGUGUUCUGUCGAGUCAGUAGAGCAAGCUUUGAAGGAGAUCAUCCGAGUUUUGAAACCUGUGAGUUGAAACAAGGUUUGAGCUGGUUACGGUUUCCCGACCGAACUUUUUUAAUGCGAUUGGGUUGUUUAACUACCACCCCUAUUUAUCCUAUGCUUUCUUUAUGAUACAACGCCUGACUCGUUCCCAGUCGCUCGCGUUGGAUGAUGGGAAUGGGUCUAACCCGCGAACGGGCAUAUUCUGCCGUACUAACCCAAAUAUAACGAGGGACUGUGGAAGAGUCACAUACAACGCGACGUGUUGUGGCAAUAGGGAGCUCUGCGACGCAUCUAAAAAACAGUCGCUAACAAUGAGAGACUAUCAUGAUUUUUUCUGUGUUGGUGUAAUGUACUCAGGUGAAUAUGAUGCUUGUGAUGUUACUCUGACUGUGUAUAUAUCCACCGUGGCCAGGCAUAGUUUUCAAGCUUACCCGGUGUGGAUAUACACUCAGAGUAACAUCACAACCAUAAUGGGAGACUAGUUUUACUUUGGUUUUCUCGUGUCCCUGGUUUUGUUUAUACCAACAACAAUCCAUAGUUUUUACCCGUGAAGUGAAACUGUGAUAAUAGCGGCGGUUUUUCGUCACCUCCGCGUCGUACACUUGACACAAUUCGGCAAAACUUUUUAUCUCGAGGUCAGCAACGUUAGUUAUAACCACCUGACUAAGAAUCAAAACCUAAUCCUUUUCAGUCAAGUAGUUCAGACACAAAGUACGAUAGCUUAUUCUAGAGUACUAACACGCUGAUCCUCCACGUAUAUAUGUGCCGAAUAUCACGAGAAAGUUCAUUUAACCAAGAUUUGCCUUCUAUUCUUUGUAGGGAGGAAGAUUUUACUUUAUGGAGCAUGUAAAAGGUAUGUGUUAUAUGUACCGAAACGUACACCGUAGGAAAUGUACAAGUUGUUGGAACAGCAUUGCUACAAGUCUGCUGCAGGUUUGUUACAACUUGUGCGUUUUUACGUGUGUAGAUUAAACGCAUCUGAUUAGCAACGACCUUCCCUCGGAAUCUCGUGCAAGGAAAUAAGCUUAUAUGACAAUUUGUUCGUAGGCAAAGGUUUCACGUUAACUCUUCAAAAAUGGAACCAGCCGUGGUGGUUUUAUGUCGCUGAUGGAUGUCGUUUGAUGCGAGAUAUCGAAGACUCCAUAAGAAAAGCUGGAUUUAAGUCCGUGAAAUGUCAAUCGUUUGAAGCCCGAAAUGUUGGACCUUUUAUCAAGCCACAUAUCAUGGGAUAUGCUGAAGUUUAACUGACUGUAGUUGAUGAUCAAUUUAAAGGUAUCUAUAUAUAAUAUUGAUAGUAUAUGAUAGUAUUUACCAGAAUGUUAGUACAUUUAAUAGAGGAUUCCGGCUGUAGACUAAAUUUUGAUCUAGGCAAGAAGAACAAAAUCCAUCACCACAACUAGAAAGAGCAUGUUAAAAUUAGUAAAAUUGCAAAGUUUGGCCGCGAAAUGGAAAUGAGGAAAAUAUAGCGCUACGAAAUUUGCAAAUUUUGUAUGAAUUUGUAUUACGCGCCGGAAAAUGCACCACUUUCGGCCCAAAUAUGGUGCAAUGUGGUGUACAACUACAUUGCAUUGAAAUAGGGAAAGGCUUAUCAUUGAUAAAUAUGAAAAUUUUAUUCAUGUAACCUAUUACCAAAUACUAUAUAUACAAUUCUUAAAAUAUGUUAUUUACAUUAUAAUUUACAAUAAUAAAUAUACAAUCAAUGUCUUUAAAUAUUUGUACAUGCAUUUACAAACGUUUUGGGCUGAAUAAUGUAUACACUUCAGUGCAUACCUAAUAUAAGCUGUAACUCGUAAUAACAGUAUAAUAUCCCACAAAGCUAUCUGAUAUAAAAAUCAUCUUGAAACAAUAGGAUCGCUGCCUGUACGCGGGUUGUACACCAAAACGGGCACACAGGGAUAAGGGUGGGAUAUUGAAUUUCUGACAUUGUUACUCAAGGCUAUAUAUCGCGUGAAUGAUGAACCAAUAUUCAUUUUGACUUCCUCGAUUCUUUCUUCAUAACUGUCGUAGGGUGUUGUGUCUUUAUCAGUCAAGUCCAUCGUAAGAGAUUCUUCAGAAAAACCCUGCAUCGAGUUUUUGACUUAUUCAAUACGUUUAUGCUUUGCUCGGCGAUUCUGGAACCACACCUAUAGGUUUACGAAAAUGAUACUGAUUAGUGUGAUUAUUUAAUUUAAUAAACUCAAGAAUGAUCUGAUGCUGUACAGAACUCACUGCUGAGUUAAGCCCGUUCUCCACUAGGCGAAUUUGUUCGCUGACCAAUCACAUUGCCAAGAUUUGUUUUUCGCUUCGCAUCGCGCGAAAAAAUUCGCCUAGUGGAGAACGGGCUUUAAGCAUGGUUAGAUCAUACAGAAGUAGUACAUGUUCUUGAAUGUGAG